AUAUUCACAACAUAUGUUGUCCAGUGGAUUCUGUCAAUAUAUACAAUGGUUCUUCAAUGCAGCUUGAGCUUGUUUUCAAGCUCCAAGGGAGAAUCUAUACAACAAAUUGCCAAGCGCUCGGCAAGAUAUCUCUACAAAAUAAACGAUACUGACGAAAGUAACAUAUGGAUAUGUUCAUUCAGAAACUGUUCUACUAGCUCUAAAUAUUCAUUGCAUAACUACUUGGAGUUCUGCGGUAUUUUAGCGCUUGGGGAAUGGGCCGAUGAAGAUAUAGUGAAAAUAGUACCGACGGAAUAUGAUAAUCGUCUCUUGCACGUUUUCAAGUGGGAUUGUGUAGACAAUAGUGACUCAUUUCUAGAUACGGUUAGCUAUUACACUUUGCAGAAUAACACAGAUUUGAAGAAGCAGUCGUUGGACGAUGUGGUCUGGGUGGAGAACGAUCUGGUAGAAAUAGAACGUCGUGGGUACACCCUUAUCGCAGCUACAUUGCUGCUCAAUGUGGCAUUGCCUUUAGAACAGGAUGUUGAACUCAACCCUGAUGUAUUAGGACGCAAACAAGUGGAUCUACUACCCAACGAAAUAAAAACAGCAUUGAUCCAAUUCAUGAACCAAAAUGUUUACGAUUUACUAAAUAUGGAUAAUGAUAAUCUGGCCGUUGACAUAACUGAUGUACCGUAUAAAAAGGAUGUCUGUAACAAUAUUGCAACUGGUUAUACUCAUCUAGGAUUUGGUACGAAUAGUGGAUAUAACAAACACGUUUUCGUCCAUGUUACAGAAGAAACAGAUGAUGUCUGUGGUGUACAAUUCGUCAUACAAACUACCUGCCUUGUGCAUGAACGGGUUACAUCAGAUGAACCAUAUAAUAUAGUAAUAGAAGCAUCUUUGGAAGCCUUGAAAUGUAGAUUUCAACAGGAUUUUGGAGUACCUAAUAUUUGCAGCUCCAUUAAUGUAUACGUGGCACCCGGCACAACAAAAUUAGAGGAUGCCGCCGAAACGGAAACUCAUAAUAAACCAAAUAAGACAAAAAGCAAUUCCAAAGGAGGAAAGAAUGCGAAAGGCAAAUCAGCAUCACAAAGAAAUAGGAAACCACUAUCCAACAAAACACCAAUCAAGGAAGAUGUUCUGGUUGAACUAAUAAAAAGUGGUGGUCCAUUUGAAAUAACAUUAGGGAAUUCUAAAAUAAAUAUUCAUUUAAAUAUGACCUUGGACAAAUCAUCAGGUCGCAUUAAUGUGACGAAGGAAUCGGGAGUUACGGGAAAUAAUGAAGAAAUCCCAGAACGGAUUGUAGUUAAUAUUGUUACCAAAGCGUUUUUACCAGAUUUGGGUUCAGUUGGUAUGAUUCCAUUUGGAGGAAUCACUACCAACUUGUUUGACUUACUAGGGUCACCCAAUGAACACGUAUUAGAUGAGGACCCAGCAACGAACCUCAAAAUGAUACUACCAGCAAAAGAGUUACUAGACCAAAGUGUACUGAUAUCGCCGCAUGAAAAUAAUGCAAUGUUUCCACAAUGGAUCAGCAACAAAACAGGAAAAGCAACACUUGUCAAAGGUUACUACCAGUAUUAUCACUACAUGCUAGGUGGCAUUAACGAUAGUGGCUGGGGAUGCUGUUACAGAUCCAUACAAAUGGUAAUCAGCUGGUACGCAUUACAGUACAGGACGCUUAAAACAGUGCCAACACAUGCAGAAAUACAAAAGUACUUAAAGGAAAAGGAUCCUUCACACGAGGAUAUGGUUAUUGGUAGCAAUAAAUGGAUAGGAACAGUGGAAGCAGGAUACUUCAUCAACUGGUACCUCAACUACGACACGAAAACCUUCUACCUGAGUGAUGUAACGGAAUUCAGAAAUUAUAACAUACUCAUCGCAAAACAUUUCGAUACCGUAGGAUCACCAAUCAUCAUGGGAGCUGGAAUGUACGCAUAUGUAAUCAUCGGAAUAUGCAUAGGCGCAACCUCCAAUGAUGUCGCUUAUCUUAUCGCCGAUCCACAUUAUGUUGGAGAUGACAACGUCAAGAAUAUACAAACUAAAGGAGCUGUGGCAUGGAAGAAGUUAGAUUUCAUUUCAAAAGCAGCAAAUGGAAGCUUCAUUAACCUUUGCUGCCCGCUCUUAGAUACAUAUGAAAAGUGAGCUUUAAUGUAACAAUAUCUAGCCCAUAACACUACAUAGUUUUAACAACACAUCCUACACAUCAAGCACUAC